GGAGAUACAGCAGGCAGGCUCGUCGGUCUCCAGUACCGUAACACCAGUAUUGUUUUUUAUAGUUUUAUGUAUUUAGCCAGCAAUGGUGCAUAUAUCAAAGUUAUUGACAAAAGUACUCGGUCCAGUGUUAUAGUGCUUUAAAUAAAGUGUAGUGCCUCAAAAAUAGACUCUAGGAAUAUGGAAAACAGCUCACAAUCAUCUACUAACCCCAUUUCUCAGGGGUGUGGCCCAAAUACCCAAAUAAAUGUUCAUGUGAGCCCCACCACGGGGGGCGAUUUUUACCUGAGCGUGGAAUCGGACAUUUCAAUCGAAAAUCUCAAAAAACUCAUAUCUAAAAGACUUAAAGUGCCGAGAGACAGAAUAUGUUUACUGUUCAGAGAUAAGCAAUUACAAGAUGGAAAUUUGGUUCAACAUGGAAUAUCUGAUGGGUCUAGAAUUACUUUAUUACCAAAUGUUGAAACAGGACUCAUAACCCAGCGUCCUGAAAUCGGAAUAAUGCAAGCCCUAGAAUCUCUAAACGAUACCCAAGUGAAUGAAUUCCUGUGUGGUAAAGCACCGCUCAAUCUCAGUAUGCGUUUGGGAGAUCACAUGAUGCUCAUCCAGCUACAACUCAGUACCGUUUCAGGCGUGAAACCGCCCAACUCGCCCACGCCCGCGUCUCCCACGCCAUCGUCCUCCUCCUCUUCUACCACCAUUCCCGGGACAUGUACUACUGUUCCCCAAUCAGCGAAUCCACCCACCAACCCUCCUAGUCUAUUGCAGGCCUCGCGCAACCUGCAGCACACACUUAGAAGACUGUCUGCUGAUGUGUUCUCUGGAAAAGAUAGAGGCCGUCGGGAAAGUGUUUAUUCCGGAACCUUCAGCGGAGCUUUAAAUCCAGCUUUACAAGAUCCCAAGGGUCGACCUCGGCGCGACGUUGCCACUAUCGUACACAUUCUUAAUGAUCUCCUUUGUUCCGUACCGGAACUUCGUAGGGUUACUCGCAAAGGUUCCGAAGAACCCACCGCCCACGUCCCCGUCGAACAGCAAGACGAACCGAUGAUAACCACGUCGUGCAGCGAAGAUCAGAACCUGAGGACUCGCGGCAAGUUGGAACACCUCAGGCUCGUCAUGGGUGAGAGACGAGAACGGAGGAGACAACGUAAACAGAAACCUUAUUCGCUACCUCAGAGUGACACUGACACUGUCACCGCAUGAAACACAGCUUCCUUGUACAUAGGUUAUUAGUUUUUAUUUUCGAGAUGGUGAAGCUGAUGAGAUAAGGGGGGUCGAAGUAACGUACGUGACGUAUGGAAUAGCGUUUUUUUAUUCUUUUCAAACAGUAUUCACUAUAAUAAGUUAGCAGCUGUUUGAGACUUCCUACUAAAAAUUCAAACAUCUUUAAAAAUCGUGCAUGUUUUUUGUUUGUUACCCCAAACUGUUAAAAAAAAUAAAAAUAUAUAACAACAGACAACCCCGUAACAUAGCCUGAUAGUUUGGUAAGUUAAAGAUUCACUUUCUGUCUAGAAGUGUAUCUUUGUUUUUGAUAUUUCUUACUUUUCGAUCUUUUUGUUUUCUAUUGUUCCAAAUAGUAGACUGAACAACUUCUGGUUGUUGUAUAGGGCCAUAUUUGUCUUCCAGUGGCACUUCAGCCCAAAAAUUGUUACUUCAACAUUGCCAAUCAUGGUCCGUUUGCCUUCAAGCUUUGGCACCCAUUAGAUUUUGUGCUUUCACUGCCACCUCAUUCUUCCUCUUCUCCGUGGAUUCUCUUUUGGUCUUUGGCUAUUUUUUUGUCUGGAGUUCUUUUUGACAAUCGUAAUUUAUUCUCCAGCCAUUACAUGGCUAGUCUAUUCAAGUCUCCGGGGUUUAGCGGAUUCUGAAAUAGGUAUUUCUUUGAACAUUUGUUAAAGUUAAUGGUUCUGUCUGUCUCGCAUCCAUAUUUUAUUGUUGGUCUGACAAUGAUUCUAUAAAUUUUACUCUACUAUGUUUCGUGUAUUUUGUGGAGCGAAAUAUGUGAAUUACGCAUGAAUAAUACCUCGCAGAUACGGCACUGAAUGAAUAGCGAACUCCCGAUCGUUUCGCCAGUAAAAGUUUGACAACUCGAAACGAAAAUCUGUCAUUUCGCGCAUCUCAGUAUUAGGCAAGGCGCACAUUGAGACACAUGCGACACAACCCACGCAGGGCAGCACAAACAACACAUUGCACUAAAUUCAUGGGCUGAGUCGGCUAAACGCAUAUUGUCACACAAUAGUUGUGUUGUUUUCUACGUUUGCGGCCAUGGAAAAUGUAUUGCUAAGUUCUGAGUCACAUUCGGACGCAGAUGGGGAAACAGUAGUUUUGCUUUACGACCUAUCAAAAAGAAAUAAACCAUAUUGGAAAAAUAAUUCCAUGAAAAAAGGAUGUCAUGGUGAACUUAAUUUGGCAUCUAAAUUCUCAGAGUCAAAGUUCACUUUGGCAUACUAUUCUAGAUGUUAUCUGUUAGUUUUGAUUUCAUAUAUGAGGGAUUAUGUAUUAUAUAGAACAGGAAAACUUCUAACAGACUCAAUUAGGUCUUCCUGCAUUUUUCCUAACAAGCACGCACUCGCACGAUAUCUGUGUCUUGAACAAUGAGCGACUCAUCUUAUUUUGGUGGCAUUCAUGGCCUACGCUGCGCUGUGUCUUGAUAUUGUUCGUCCGCUAUAACUUUUCCCAUGGGUCACGAUUCAUUUUCAAACAAAUUAAGUCAAAACAUAAAGUGAAACUAACGCCAAUGUGUGUAGUAUAUAGUAUACAGUAUACAAAAUGUAUAUACACAUCGACGUUCGUUUCACUUUAUGUUUUGAGUUUUUUUUUUAAUGAAUCGUGACGCAUGGGAAAAGUUAUAGCGGGCGUCCAAUGCUGGCCACACGAUGCAGAAACGUAGCGUGUGCUGUCUUGCGUGGGUUGUGUCACAUAUGUCUCAAUGUGCGCAUUGCCUUAAUGAUUUGUGUAUAUGCGAGAAAGAAUUUAAAUCCGUGGUAAAUUCAUAACAUCUAAGUAAAUUGAAAAAGAUAUUAUGAGUUAAAGAUAUAGUCUAUCCUGGUGAAUGCCCAUUCAGACUUCUCGAAUCUCUGUUGUACUUCAUUUGUUACGCUUGUAUUAGUAAGUGUGUCGGUACUCGUCAUAAUGGCUUGUGAUUAAUAAAUAGACUUAGUUGUUUCUACGUAUAAUAUAAACUCGUCAUAUUAUAGUUCUAGCUCAUUUCUUCGUCUGACUGUUGCUUCUCGUGUUGUUGUUGUUAUUUGUAGGUCUUUAAUAUGGUCAAGGAAAAUAUCGACUCACGAUAACUGGUUCUGCACAUGAUUAAAUUAUUUCGUAUCUAUUAGCAAGCUCAUGUGAACUUUGAUGUAUCCAAAAACUAUGAUUUGAGCAUCGGACGACUUCUUAUGCGCAUGGAAUAUUCGAAUCAUGACGUAGCUUCCCUCCUUCAGUGGCGUAGAAAAGAGGUAAACUCAAUAAUAUUGCAGUAAUUUAUUUUAGUUAAUAUAUAUUAUCUAUAGCUGUCUGGUAAUAGCUAUAUAUUAUAUUAGAACCGUUUUUAUGUGUGUACAGAAAUAAGGUAUUCGAGGUAUUCUUCUCCAACACCCCAUCUGAAAUUUGCCAAUUCUUCCAUUAUCUGCUGUUCUAAUGGUCCAGGAUUCGAGACAUAACUGAAUAUUGGGAAAACAAAGGAUUAAUUUGAUAAUGAUCUUAUUUAGUUAUAUUUGUGAGUUUUUAAUAUUUUGGUGAAGUUGCGUAGCUGUUUCUAAUAGCAAGUAUCUCGUGAUAUGUUUUUCUCUUUUACUGAAUGUGUUCUAUUUAAUAACUAGUUCAAGCAUUAUAGGAUUAAGUUGUUACGGUUGUUGUCAAAUUGUUUGUUAUAUUGUGGGGUUUUUACCAUUUUACUCCUUUGUGUCAAAAACAUUCCUCAAGUCGACAAAGCUUAUAUAUUUUUGUAAUCUUCUCAAGGGAAUAUUAGUGAGAAGUUCCACCACGGUUGAGGCUAGUAAAAAAUGCACCAGAGUAAAAUUGUAGAAAGUUUAUAUACAGGGUGUUUGGUAAUGAAUGGGCCAUAUACCUUAGAUUCUUGAGGUUGAAAUAGGUCGAUUUAACUUACUUUAGUACGAAAUUUGAUAAUAACGGAAAUACAGGGUGUCUAAGUUCAACUUUUAUUUUAUUUAUUCUUGAAUAUUUCCUGACAGGCAUGGGAUAAUUCGCCAUCAAAAAUUAUGUAUUACCCAGAGGGCGCCACAUACCUCUUUUACGCGCUCAUUUAAUACGUUCAAUUUUUUUAUUGCCCACUGGACAUAGUUUUAGAAUCAAAACUUUAAUUCCCCUAUCAUUUUUACUUAAAAAAAAUAUUACAUUCAUAUCGCUAAACUCCACCGUUUUCGAGAUAAACGCAUUUUAAAUCUGCGAUACAACAUAAUUUUUUGCAUAUCAUUGUAGUUACGCCCGAAAAAUAACUUAAAAUCAUAAUAAUUUUCAAAAAUUUAUCGCAAAUUCCUUCAAAUGGAAUUUGUGAUUCACAGAUAUAAAUAUGGGAACUUGCCCAAUUAUUAUGGUUUCAAGUGUAUUUUUCGGAUGUAACUACAAUGAUUAUGUAAUAUGCAGAAAAUUGUGUUGCAUCUCAGAUUUAAAAUGCGUUUAUUUCGAAAACGGUUGAGUUUAGCGAGAUGAAUGUAGUAUACCUUUUUUAUGUAAAAAUAUUAAGAGAAUAAAACUUUACAUUCAAAAAGUAUGUAGAGUAGGGAAUAAAAAAAUUGAACGUAUUAAAUGAGUGCUGAAAGACGUAUGUGGCGCCCUCUGGGAAAUACAUUAUUUUCGAUGGCGAAUUUAGAUUUCUCGUUCCAAAAAACCUCCGCUUACCAAAGUUCGUGUUGUCAGCCCAUGCCUGUCAGGAAAUAUUCGAGAAUAAAUAAAAUAAAGGUAUAACUUUGACACCCUAUAUUUCGGUUAUUAUCAACUUUCGUACUAAAGUAAGUUAGCUUAAAUCGACCUAUUAGCUCAGGAAUCUAAUAACCUAUGGCCCAUUCUUUACCAAACACCCUGUAUAUGCCAUCAUCCUAAUAAAAAUUAAAUUUUCUACUGCAAAUAUUUUUACUAUGCUGAUAAAAGGUUAGGCUUAAUUUAUAAUCAUAUUAUUUAUGCAUAAGAGUUGCAAGGAUCCUAAACGUUAAAUAUUACUUGACAAGGUAAAGAAAUUGAUAAUUUUCUAUGAUUUCUUUAUUACUGGUAAUUGAAAGGUGAAAUUAUUGCUGUGUGAAACACCCUCAGCGCCAGUGUAUCCUUUUAGAUACACACUGUCCUUAACGCUGUGUGCCGAAAAAGAUACACAUGGCUCAUUGUGUUCGAUCGGUUGUGUCUCCUAAAAGGACACACUUUUUAAGUUUUUAUAUGUAGAGAAUAAUAAUGUUAUGGCCUGAGCCAAUUUCCUGGUAUAACUAGGUUUGGCCUUAGACACGUAGACAUGAAAAGAUAGGCUGUAUGUAACUAGAAAUUCAUAUAAACAUACAAAAAUAGAAAAAUACGAAAAUAAAGUGCAAAUAAAUAAAAAAAAUUGCUUCAGUCACCCUAAAAUAAAUAAAAAAAACUCUAGAGCUCAGUUAUUUUUUUAUGUUCCUCUGUUCGUUCAUGAGAAUAUCGCGAAUAAAAGCGAAUGUUUCUUAUGCUCAUUUAAGAUAAAUCAUAUCAUACUUUCAAUUAGCAGUAAUGAGAAAAUCGCCAAAUAUUAUCUUAGCACAAACAUGACAGAAAAUCCUGCGAUUUUUGCAAAAGAAAAUUGAAUUUUUACAAGGAUUGUCUGGGGAAGGCCACAAUUUUGAUUAUCUGUGAUGUAUCUUUUAGUACCCUCAACGACGUAAUCCAACUUUAGAGUAUGAUAUUCCAGUUUAUAACGCCAGUAUAGAAGGUUAAGAAUUUAUCAUAAACUUUAAAAUAAUAAUUAGUUUUUAUUGCAUUUUUUGACUUUUCAACUUUUCAAUAUUCAACAUAUAAUUGUUGCUUAAACAAAAAAUUUGAACGUAUUACACUUGCAAUCAUAAAAAGCCGGUCACUCGACGAAUUAUUCAAGUUAGAUGUCUCAAAUUUUCUAAACCUGUUGUCCGAUUUGAAUGAUUUUUUUAGUAUGUUAUAUUCUUAUUCUUCAACAAUAUCGCUAUAAUAAUAUUGUUGCUAGACAGGUAAAUUGUCAUUGUAUACCGGGUGUAACAAUCAGUGUUUAUUCCUCAAAGUUCGGAACACCCUGUGGAAUGUUUUAGCAUAGAUAAAAUAUUGAUAUUAAAACUCAAUUGUAGCCUUAGGCUUUCUUAACAUCUUCUUUUUUGAUUUAUUUGUUUAUGUUGGAUAAUAAAAAAGUUAGGCAAGUUAGUAACUAGCCAUGUUCUUUAUCAAUACAGGGUGUUUCUAAAUAAGUGUGACAAACUUUAAGGGGUAAUUCUGCAUGAAAAAAUAAUGACAGUUUGCUUUAUAAACAUAUGUCCGCAAAUGCUUCGUUUACGGGAUGUUAAAAUUGUCUUACAAACUGACGAUUUAUUUAUUGCUCUAAAACCCGUAAAGAUAUGCAAAUGAAAUUUGGUAGGUUUUAAGAGGCAGUUAUUUUGCAUUUUUUGACAUACAAUUAAUAAUUCUAUAUUCACCAUUGGCGUGCAUAUGAGUAUAAACAUUUUAGAUACAUCCCGUAUGCACGCCAAUGGUGAAUAUAAAGUUCUUAAUUGUAUGUCAAAAAAUGCGCCAUAACUACCUCUUAACAGCUACCAAAUUUCAUUUGCAUAUCUCAACCGGUUUUAGAGCAAUAAAUAAAUCGUCAGUUUGUAAGAAAAAAAAUUAACAUCCCGUAUCUUGAAACCGAAUAAUUUGCGGCCAUACGUUUAUAAAGUAAACAGUCAUUAUUUUUUCAUGCAGAAUUACCCCUUAAGGUUUGUCGCACUUUUUUAGAAACACCCUGUAUUGAUGAAGAACAUGGUUAGUAAUUACCGUGCCUAACUUUUUUAUUAUCCAACAUAAAAAAAAAUCAAAAAAGAAAAUGUUAAGAAAGCCUAAGGCUACAAUCGAGUAUUAAUUUCAAUAUUUUAUCUAUGCUAAGACAUUCCACAGGGUGUUUCGAACUUUGAGGAAUAAACAUAAUAUGAUUGUUACACCAGGUAUACAAUGAAACAUUAUUAUAGCGAUAUUGUUAAAGAAUAAGGUUAUAACAUACUAAAAAAAUCACUCAAAUCGGACAACAGGUUUAGAAAAUUCGAGACAUCUAACUUGAAUAAUUUAUCGAGUGACCCGCUUUUUAUGAUCGCAAGUGUAUAUAAAACAAUAUAAGUAGAUUAAUCUAUAUUUUCUUUUAUAUAUCUUCCAUUGUCCUUGAACACAAAACAAAGAUACUGUCAACUUCAUUUAAAAAAUUCUUCUUCUUCAGGUCUACUUGCUUCACAUAUUUAAGACAAUAACAAUGAUUGCUAUGAAUGUUGAUACUUAUAAUCAUUAAUAGUGGUAAUGCAGAUACAUUCUUCUCCAUUCGUACUUACAGGAAUAGCUGUUGUUGGUAGCUUGUUGCAUUUAAAAACUAACAAAACAACUCUAAAUAUUAUUAUCGCCAGCUCAUGAAUAUAGACACCAAAAUGCCUAUUUAAUGCCAAACGUGCCUAGAAUUUUCUAGUAAAAACGCAAAUUUUUCUCAGGAAUAGCACAAAAACUUCAAACUUCCAUCAAUAUUAAAAUUGUAUUCCUAGCAAUAACCUGUAUCAAAUUCUCCGUCUAUAGUAUUUUUACUACAAAAGCAAGAUUACGUAGGUCAAAAUUUCUGACGUCAGAGUACUACCAAAUCAUUAGAAUUUUCAGAGUUUUCAUUAAAACAUUUUUACUUCAUUUCGUACACAAUUUAAUUCACAUAAGGUUUGUUCCAACUCGAUACAAAACCGUUCUUGAACGGUUCGUGAACCGCGCAGUAACGAAAAAUGUGUUACUGCGACAAUUAUUCGUUAUUGCACAUGCGCGUAACGAUUCAAGAACUGUUUUGUAUCGAGUUGGAACAAACCUAAUAUAGCUUUAAACACUGUAUGUACUAUUUUUAUAAAUACCUACAUAUAACAUUAAAUAUAGCUUAAUUUAAAUACUAUUGUAAUUUUUGUUGUGUACCUAUACUUGUUGUGUUUGUAUUGAAAAACAUUAUAUGCCAAAGCAAAAUGCUUAAUAGAUUAUUUUAAACAAGAACGAAGUAAGUUAAAGAAUUUAGAUUUCUUAGAUUAGGUUUAAUAGAAAUAAGAUUUUUAUUAGAUUUAAAGAUCAGAAAGUUUUCUUGUGAAUUUUAGCGUUUGCAGUAUUUUAAAAAUAUUAAAUAAUCUAUUUUAAUGAUUAUACCUACACUAUGAUAUUGUUGUUAAUUAAUAUAUUUCGGCAAGUAAUGAAAAUCAAUUGACAUCAUCAAUUAGAAUAAAUAAUUAUAGAUAUUAAUUUUAUAGGUAAACAAAAAAAAGAAAAAUAUUUCUGAAAACUAAUGGCAUAAACGUGGCCAUGAUGAAAAGUCACAUUCUAAUGUUUUGACAGUGCUCUUACGUCAGAAAUUUGGACCUACCUACGUAAUCUUGCUUUUGUAGUAAAAAGACUAAUAUAUAGAGUUAUGUGUGGUUUUCUGUGUCAAUAGUCACUAUAUUUAUACAGCGUAUUUCAGACAUGCGAUGUAGUGUAGUACUAAGGAUAGUACUUCACGGCAGUAGCCGUGAUAGGUAGUAUUAGGCAGGUACUUGUAGAGGAUUAUCGCUCUUAACUGCUGUGGAAUACAAAAGUAGGAUUUAUUUAUGAUAAUUCACAGAAUCUGUGAAAUAUGGCAAACCACUUGCAAUAUACAACACUGAUUCUAACGUUUUAAACGCAGUGUAGGUAUAUCAUUUACUCGUAUUUCUAAAAUAUUGCAAAGAGAUCUGAAAAUAGUGACUAUAGAUAAAGAGGAACCAUACAUUUCGUUAAAAGAUAAUCAAUUUCAUAUCUUAUUACAAUAGUAAAACAAAAAACACUUAAAACAACUAGAUGAUUGAGUAUACUACUACCUAUACUAAUAUUAAAUAAACGUCAUCGUCACUCAACAUCAAGGUAUUUCUGAAAGGAAAGUUAAGUCGAAAGGAAUUAUAGAAUCAAUUUAGUCGUAUGGUUCAAGUGGAAAUCGGUGGGACUGUACAUUUUAUCAAUGAAAUUAGAUAUGUCUGACACUCCAGAAGCUGCUAACGAUAAAAUGUUUUAACAUCGCAUUAAUCAUUGUAAAUUAGUGGAGGGAUAUUAAUACAGUGAAAAUAAUAAGACAAGAACUGGAUGAUAAUGAUUAUAAAGAAUAAAUUUUAAAAAAAAUUCUACUUUAAUGACAAAAAAAGCAAGCUCAUUAGCAGAAACAAAUUCAAAAUUAUUUUGCACAUCAUAUGUGAAACAUUAUUUGGUUGAAAAAUUUCAUUUUUGUUGGCACAAAAAUAUAUUAAUUUGUCUGGACUAAAUUACAGUUCUGUUUAUCUUAAAAGGGUUAUGUUACUAUCAACAUUCACACAAUGUUGCCAAACUGAAUUUUGUUAUUUUGGGUGUAAAUUUUUUCCACCUAUCUCCGAGGGUACAAUACCCUACAAUUUUGCUGGGGAGCGUUUUCUGCCAUAAUCGAAAAAAUCAAUGCCAACGACAGGUUCUGGGCCUAUGAAUGUUUCCCCUCCCCUGCAAAUCUGCCCGUUUUUCGUUCCCUAAUAGUAUUGCAGACACCCAGAGUAAACUUAAGACAGUUCCAAAAUAACUUAGACUUUAUUUGAUUCGAUUCCAAUGCCUUUAAUGCCACCAAGUUAUCAGAUACAUUUUUUAUAGGUGUGUCGCUGCAGUUUCUCUUUAUUAGUUCCUGCAGGUACAUUUCUAUAGCAUAAAUUUUCGUUUGGAAGAUGCUAGAACUAGAGUGAGUACCUAAGCUUUCACUAAAGCUUAGCCUUGGUUUCCCUCCGUAUACUCCAGCUCCCAACUUCUUUAUUAGUUUUAGAGCCGUCAGGAUACCAGUAUUGAUCUGCCAUUAUUAGAUUUGUUUUAUUCGACUCUCAUUCAUUCUUUUCUGGAAAAAGGACGGUAAGGCUUUUCGAAAUUAUAUUUAGGUGGCAUUGCAUCUGGUACUAUUUUCAAUUCUGGGUGAUUGUUAAUUAUCUCUCCAGACUUGAUCCCGAUAUCUUAUCCGUCUUGGGUAUGCUCCUACCUUAUUUAGAACUAAUCCUAGCUCUUUUUCUUAAAUGCAGUCUGGAAUCCGGAUUUGGAUUUCUAGGCUGUAUUCCAAAAAACAUUUUUUGUGACAUUUCAUCUAUAAGUGUAGCAGACAUCAUUGAAGACGGUGACCUUAUUUAUUUAUUUUAUUUAGCGUAUGGCACCUGACACAUUUACAUUAUAUUUUGUAUAAGACAAUACAUAGGUUCACAAACGUACAUCUAACUUAUUUACAUAGUCUAUCGACUCUGGAGUCGCCAUCAGGAAAUCCUCUGACCUGCCAUGAUAUGAUCUUGUCGGACACUGUUCUGUGAUGUGAUAGGGUUUGUGGUUGUCCACAGUUACAGAGUGGGGAUGGUCGUUUACCCCAUUUGUGCAUCAUGUAACCACAUCUGCCGUGUUGGGUUCUGAUUCGGUUCAGCAUAGACCAUGUGUUGCGUGGUAAGUCAAAGCCUGGUGGUUUUUGUGUGAUGCAGGGUAAGUUGCUAUUUUGUUGUUCCAUCCAUUCUCGAGUCCAUGUUGUCGUUAAAUUGAACUCAGUUUCCACAGCAACCUUUGCUGUUUUUAUUGCUGGUCGUCUGGAGCGUAGACGGUUACCGUUGGCGGCAUCUAUAUCUUGAUGGAUUGGCAGGUUCUCGUUAUCUACUAUCUUUCUGUACUCACUAGUGAGUGCGUGUAUGCGUCGUAGUUUGGGUGGUGGAAUGUGGCUUAGUACUGGGAGCCAUUGCGUAGGGGUGGAUUUGAUAACUCCAGCAAUCAUUCUCAUUGUAUUAUUCAAUUGGGCAUCUACUUUGUGUAUAUGUGGGCUGUUAAGCCAUGCUGAAGAGCAGUAUUCCGCAGUUGAGAAGACUAGAUCCAGGGCAGAUGAUCGCAAGGUGGAAGCGGAUGCUCCCCAUGUUGUGCCGCACAGCUUCUGGAUGAUGUUGUUUCUGGAUUUAAGUUUUUCCGCUGUUUUUAUCAGAUGUUCCUUGAAUGAUAGGGUUCUGUCAAGAGUCACCCCAAGGUACUUUGGUGUUUUAUUGUAGGCGAGUGUGGUGUUUUCGAACUGAAUAUUGAGUAUUCUUCCUGCAAGCUUGUUAUUUAGGUGGAAACCGGAAACCUCUGUUUUCGUAGCGUUUGGUUGGAGUCUCCAUUUACGGAAAUAUUUUCCCACUAUGUGUAAGUCCGCCGUGAGGAUUUCUUCUGUUUCUUCAAAUGACUUACACCUUGUUGCAAGGACCCAGUCAUCGGCGUAACCAAACUUCCUUGAUCUGGUUUCUGGUAUAUCAGAGAUGUAUAGGCUAACGAGAAGAGGAGCUAGGACAGAUCCCUGAGGCAGUCCAUUCUUCAGUUUCCUUGGGGUGCUGAUGUCAGAUCCCAUGACCACUUGAAUCGUUCGGUCAGCUAGCAUGCUGUUGAUUAUUCGAGCGGUGGACUUACAGGGGAUUGUACGGAGGAGCUUGUAUAUCAUGCCUUCUCUCCAGACUGUAUCGUAGGCCGCUGUUAGGUCUAUGAAUGCGGUUGCAGUUUUAAGUUUUCGCUGGAACCCUGCCUCAAUAAAUGUGGUAAGUGAAAGAACCUGAUCUGCGCAGCUUCUUUUGGGUCGGAAACCUGCCUGAUCAACCGGUAUUGUUUCAAGCAGCGUUGGGCUAAUUCUAUUGUAGAUAAGGCGCUCUAGAAGCUUAAACGUCACCGAUAGUAGGGCUAUUGGUCUGUAAUACUUAGGGUUAUCAUUUGGUUUCCCUGGUUUGAAUAUGGCAAUGACCUUCGAGCAUUUGAGUUCCUGUGGUAUGAUACCGGUCUUCAUAAUGUCCGUGGGCUAUCCAUUCUCUAGCACAUUUGCCGCAGUUAAUUAAGAAUUCGGGAUGAAUAUUGUCAAAACCUGGGGCUUUACCUGGCUUUACAUCCUUAAGAGCAAUAGUGACUUCUUCGGAAGUGAAAGGGCGGGAGUAUUCGGUGUCUGUAGAUUGGAAUUUUAAAGUUUUGAGCUCUCGUUUUACCUUGGUUGUAUGUGGCUUGUCUUUCGGUGCUCUAGAUGUUGAUACCAGAUGUGAGGCAAUAGUGUUUGGGUUAAUCGUUCUUUUGUUCCUUGUUAUAGGUGUUCCUCUUCCUAAUUUUCUUAACAGUGUCCAUGCUUGCCUGCUUGACGUUUGAAAAUUAAGACUUUCUACAGUUUCGGUCCAUUUUUGUUGUCUCGCUGCAUCUAGUCUAUGGAGCAGUUCAUCUGCUAUUUCUUGAUCGCCACUUUCAAGGAAAUUUUGGUACAGUUCUUCACUAUUAUGGGACCAACCGGGAAUGUAUUCUUUUCGAUAGCCUCUUGGUAUAUGCUUUUUUGCCGUGCUUAUUACGGCUCCAACGAAUCUUUUGUAAUUUCUACCGGUAGGGGGUAUGAGUCUUGUCCAGUUCCGUAGAAAACCUACUCCACUUAGCUUUCUUCAGAUUCCACCGUGGGCGAGGGAUGGAUGUGAUUAUAGGAAUUUGUGUUCCUGCCUUAUUGGGUGACCUUAUAUCGUCCCGUCACGAUUACGUCCAGAAGACGAUAUAGAAGCCACAAUAACAAAAGUUUUGACAAAGUAUCAUUUGAAGUAAUAACCUCGGUUAGCUCAGGAACUCCUCACAAGCAAAAUUGGAAAAUAUGCCUAAAUUGACACACUAAUUAAGGGAUUUGACGCAUAGGUUUACCUUGAGUGACGAUAUAUGUUUAUUUUUAUAAAUAUUACAAAUUUUUGUUUUAAUCUGUUUUAUAUUUUUGGCAUAAUGUUGAAAUAACUUGGUUAAAAUAUAAUUAUGUAGUUCCUGAUUUAAUGUCUAAAAGAGCACAGUUUAUACCGUCUCAGAUAAAUCUAGUAAAAAAAGUGCAAAAAAAGAUAGAUUCAGUAGUUUCUGUCUUAUUUUACAGCUUAAAUAAAUUUCAUUCUGCAUCCAACACAGCUGGGCCUGGUACUUUUAUUAAACUUCCACACUUACAAAUAUUAAACAAGUCUUCUUGUAUGUAUUGUUGCCAAAUUUAAUUUUUCCAGUUUGUAAGAUUUUUGCUUAAAACAGACAACACUGCUCAUAUAUUUUAACGAGCAGUAUUAUUGAAUAAAAUCAGUAUUCUCAAAUGUUUACACUUUUAUAUUGUACAUAUACUAUCCAAGCUCAUAUUAUACAUGCUUAAAACUAAUUUCUUCGCAGUGAUCUCAUUAUUUGAACUUGGAUCGGUCCAUUUACAAUAUUAAAGGAAAUAUGUAUAUUAAUAUCCUAGGUCCUAGAUCAAUAGAUUUAUCUCUUUAUAUAUAGAUUUUUGAUUUUGUACUCUUCUGCAGCACAAAAUGCUUGUACACUAAAUAUUUUUUGACUGAUUAUAAACAGCUUGUGGCAAAAUGCUUGCAAUCUUGAAUAUAUUACCAAUUCAUAAAAGUGUACAUUUAAUGACAGAUUAUUUUUUAAUCGUGACCAGACAUCUCGUAACGCGACAGUUCGUAACAACGAGAGUUCGUAACUAUACAUCUUCGUAACGGACAAUUCGUAACGUCAAAAUUGGAUUAUUCUGUUUAUUUUUGUUAACGUUUAAACUAAUUUUUAUUACAGUUACAAUUGAAAUUACUUUUAUCAGUUUAAUGAACGAGCAUAUAAACAUUUUCAACACAUUUCAUAUUUCGUGGAGAAAUAAAUUUUGAAAAUUAUCUUAAAAUAAAUAUAAUAUUUGUUAUUUUUAUUUAAUUUAUUUUUCACACUUAAGAGAAUUUUUUUUUAAAUCUUUAGUUGUCAUAUUAACAAGAAUAUAUGCAAAAAUAUGUGUGAAAUAUAUCUAAAAAGAAGUGGUUUUAAAAAAGUACCAUUACUUUUAGUGUAGGAAUGUAUGCAAAAUGCAUUUUUAUUAAAUUCAGUAAUACUAAAUUUGCUAAAAAAAUAAAUUUUGGUGUUACGAAUAUGUAUAGUUACGAACUGUCGCCGUUACGAAGUGUCGCUGUUACGAACUGACGUCGUUACGAACUGUUCAUUACCAUUUGUCUGGUUACGAACUGUCGCGUUACGAGAUGUCAUGGGAACCUGUUUAAUUCAUUAAAUCCUUAUUAAAACUAUCUUCCAAUAGGAAAAACCUGCUUACAUACGUAGCAUUUAUAGCAAAGUUUAUAUAUAACUGACACCAAUAGACAAUAAAGACAUAAAA